GGCGGUGACGUCAGACGCAGCUGCGGCGCGCGCGGGGGACACACCGCGGAGGGAGGAGCGUUGGGCCCCGGGGCGCUCACUCAUGAGGAGCAGGAAGCUCACAGGUGGAGUGCGAUCCUCAGCACGCCUUCGGGCCCGAAGUUACUCUUCAGCCAGCUCUGCCUCUGCCGAGGACAUUGCCAGCUCCACAACUGUCAAGACAGCAUGUCUGGCUUCCUCAUCACACAAGACUACAGACAGACGCACUUCCAAAAAGUUCAAGUAUGACAAAAGUCACCUUGUAAAGGCAGAAUUACAGAAAGCUGACCCUAAAAGUGACAUUUCUUCUUUGCCAAAAGUGGCCCCUGCGGCCCCUUGUGAAAAUGCAGGGGACAGUGCUAAGGCUGCUGUCCCUGCACCGGAGAGUAGAGAGCCUCCCCAGGGCUGCCUCCAGGCUGUGAGUGAGGAACCCUCAGCAAAGACUGAAGAUGCCCUGCCCACAGCAGAGCCCAACAGUGCUUCCGCAGCCCAGGAGCCUGAUGACAGUUCUGCCAGACAGGCUGAGCCUGCGCCCAGGACAGAGGAGGUGCGGGCACCUGUGCUUCAGAUGGACAGCAGCGUCUUUCUAGAUGAUGACAGCAACCAGCCCAUGCCUGUGAGUCGCUUCUUCGGGAAUGUCGAGCUUAUGCAGGAUCUGCCACCAGCCUCUUCAUCUUGUCCUUCCAUGAGCAGGCGGGAGUUCAGAAAAAUGCACUUCAGGGCCAAAGAGGAUGACGAUGAGGAUGACGCAGAGAUGUAGCGUCUUCACCUGCUCAGUAGUUCAUGAACCACGCAGCACGCGCUACGAUUUCUGUAUGGCAUCUCCAAGAGAACGUGUUCUUAAGUGAACACCACUGACACGAACAUCACCAGCGCAAACACUGGGCUCCUGUGGAAGGGUCCCUCAUGACCACAGGCUGCUGCCACCACCACUGUGCUGAUGUCUUUUCCUCCUUCAUAGACAUGCCAUGCUAGCAGGGGUCAGCAGGGGCUGGGCAGUGGGAAGUAAGGAAAGUUUGGGUACUCUGGUUUUGGUAACACCAGCUUGUUUACCAUGCCAAAUUGACUGCAGGAGAUGAAUUCAAUUUCUUCUGGAAGGACUCCUGUUGCUGAGUGAAGCUAAUUGUAUACAUUAUAGUUUUAGCAAAGUGCAUAUGAGAAAGAAAUAAAAUAUAUUUUGAAAAUA